AUGCCAGAAAAAUGGAGGAUCUACGCCCAAGAGCUUGGGAUCGACCUUGGUUCCCGCGACGACACAGAGUACUUCAAGUGGUUUCUUGCCUGUUUGCUAUUCGGCAAGCCAGUCCAGCAGAGUGUGGCCAGUCGUACAUACUCUGAGCUCAUCAACAGAGGAAUCACCUCGCCGGAAGACAUCCAACAAGCAGGAUGGGAUAGGCUGGUUGAGAUCCUCGAUGAAGGCCACUACGUCCGGUACGACUACUCGACGGCGGACAAGUUACUGGAUGUAUCCGCUGCGAUUAAGAAGCAUGGUAGUUUUGGCAAUUUCUUGAAUGAAUGUAAAGAUGUUGAAGGUGUGUCGUCUCGCUUGCAGGAGAUCAAAGGAGUAGGGCCGAAGACGGUAGAGAUCUUUAUGCGUGACAUGGCUCCUAUUCUUGACAAUGAAUAA